CCAGCUUAAGUAUAAAUUUGCUCUCGAGUUAGUUUUCUCACUUAUCAGUUCUCACUUCACAACGAACGCAUCGGUCCAACCCCAUCGGCAUCAGCCCAUCGCCAUUCGGGAAUUCAGGGAGCCCAGCCAUGGCGGAAGAGGGGAAGCGCGGCAGCGGAGUGCGGGUGUGCGUCACCGGAGGCGCCGGGUUCAUCGGCUCGUGGCUCGUCAAGAAGCUCCUCGAGAGGGGCUACACCGUCCACGCCACCCUGCGGGACACCGGGGACGAGGAGAAGGCCGGGCUGCUGCGGCGGCUGGUCCCCGGCGCGGCGGAGCGGCUGCGGUUGUUCGAGGCCGACCUCUUCGACGCCGCCACCUUCGCGCCGGCGAUCGCUGGGUGCCGGUUCGUCUUCCUCGUCGCCACGCCGUACGGGCUCGAAGCCGCCAGCUCCAAGUAUAAGAGCACGGCGGAAGCCGCCGUGGCCGCGGUGCGCGUGAUCCUCCGGCAGUGCGAGGAGUCCCAGGCGGUGAAGCGCGUGAUCCACACCGCCUCCAUAUCGUCCGCCUCGCCGCUGAAGGAGGCCGGCGCCGGCUACAAAGAUUUCAUCAGCGAGUCUUGCUGGACACCGCUCGAUGUUGACUACCCUCUGCGCAGCGCGCACUUCGAUGUAAGCAACAGGUUCCUCCGAUCCGGCGAUCCGUCCGAUGAUCGCCUAAUGAUAAUCCUCUCGCCGAUUUCUGCGACCCCCAAAUGGCCCAAUCCAAAGUUCGAUGGAUUUCUUUUAAGCAGAUGA